AUGGCGGACGGAGGCAGCAGUGGAGGAAGCAGCAUUCGUGAUAGACGAUUCUCCGGAGAAGGAGCAGCUGCAGUCCAGGACUACAAGGCUUGGAAGAAAUGGGCACGAGCGAGAUUAUUGGUGGAGAAGGGGCGGGGAGGUAAGUCGGAGACCUUCGGCCCCAUGUUGUACACCCUCUUGGAGGGGACGGCCGUGGACGCCCUGGAGCAUGUGGAGCUAGACGAGUUGGCGGUCGACGGCGGCGAGGAAGCAUUGUUCGCCGUCCUGGACGCACGGUACCCAGAGCGAGAAGCGGCAGACCGAGUGGGAGAUGCACUGGAGUCCGUGUUCGGUCUGAAGAUAGAGAAGGCGGAGCUCACCAGCGCGUACGUGGGCAGAGCCCAGACGAUUUUCAUGAAGGCCAAGAAGGAGGGCGUGGAGAUUCCGGACGUCGCUCAAGGGUUUCUCCUUCUUCGAGGCGCUCGCCUCGGCGGGGACCGGCGCGCCGUCGUCCUCGCGGCCAGCGAAAGGCAGUGGACGUUCGAGAAACUGGCCCUGGCGCUGAAGACGGUCUACCCGAAGGUGCUGCCCGAGCACAGCGUGCACCUAGUGGAGGACGACUACGUGUGGGAGGCGGCGGGCGAGGAGACUCCUCCCGCGGCCGGCUCCCCAGAGGAGAUAGAAGCGUUCCUGGCGGAGGUCGAGCAUGAUCGUGAGGAACCCAUGGAGGAAGACGAGGCCAUCCAGGUGCUGGCGACGUGGAAGGAGACCCGGGCGGCGGUCGCAGAGGAGCGGAAGAAACGUGGCCUACCACCCCCGCAGGCCCCUGAUCUGAAGAGGUUUUCCGCUCGAGUCCGCUGCUGGGCAUGCAAGCAGGUGGGCCACUUCAGCAAGGAGUGCCCGAAACGAGCUGGCAAGGGUGGCGGCAAGGGCCGCUUUGGCCAGAAGUUCGGGGCCGGCUUCGUCGAGAGUUUCUUCGCUGAGGAAAAGGAGGCCGACCCCUGGAGUGAGAUAAAGGAGAUCCUGGAGGUAGACGAGAUCGCCGACCACGACGACGAGGACGCCGACGACGACGACGAGGCGGAGACGUUCAUGGUGCACUCGCCGGGCGCCGGGGUGAUCGACCCAGGUUGCGCGCGGGCCCUGAUCGGCUUGGACACGCUGAGGGAGCCGAUCAAGGUGUCCGGGAACGACAUUGAGAUCGACGAGGACCACAAGGUGGUCACGUUCAAGGGGUUCAGCGGCGACGAGCAGCACUCCAUCGGCAUCUGCAAGAUCCCGUGGAGGCUCGGCGACCACAUCGAGAUGGUCGACGUGUACGUGGUUCCGGGGAAGGCGGGCCUCUUGUUGAGUAAGCCCCUCUUGAAGAAGCUGGGCUGCACGCUGGACAUGGAGAAGGACGAGCUGGCGUUCCAGAAGCUGGGCGUCCGCGUGCUGCUCCAGACGACCCGCGGCGGCCACUACGAGGUGCUACUCGACGGCUCGUCCGCGGUCCCCAUCGUGGACCGGGAUUUUCAGCUGACCAAGUGGGCCAGUGAGUUUGGGUUCGAGGAUGGCGGAGCGUACGAUUUGCAGACGGGUUGGGAUGCUCGCCAGCGCGAGGACGUCUCCCGGCUCUUCCAUGACCUGGAGACCAAAGAUCCGUUCCUCGUGUCGUGCAGUCCCCCCUGUGGUAAGCUGUCGCCGUUGCAGGCUCUCACGUCCGAGGACAAACGCAAGGAUCCUGAGAGGUUUGAGCAAGAGGUUCAGGAGGCGGUCUCUUUCAUUGUCUUGUGCUUGGUGAUUGCAGUGUGGCAGAUGAUGCGUGGGAAGCAUUUCAUACUCGAGCAAUCCCGAGGGAGUUCGGCAUGGGGCUUGAAGGAGAUGACUCACUUUCUCACGGAGUUUUCCCCCUUCAUCGCGGAGGCAGCGGCGUGCAGGUUUGGCAAGCUGGACCUCGUGUCUGGAGUACCCCUCGCCAAGGUCUGGCGCUUCGCCUCAGACCUUCCGGAGGUGGCCGAGGGGGUAGACCGCCAGUGCCGGGGCGGCCACGAGCACCAGGACGUGAUGGACAGUGCUGGCGGCAUGAGGCGCUCGGUCUGGUCCCAGAUCUACCCGGACAGGCUGGCGAGGGCGCUGGUGCGAGGAGUUUACCGUGCCAGGAUGGAGACCCACAGCCACGCCCGCCAGACGACCGUCCACGAGGCGGAGGCCAUGGGGGUCGGUGACCAGGAGGAUGACGAGGAGGCGGGCGUCGAGGGUAAGGAGCGCCUCACCCGGGACGACCUGUACCAUGGUCGGCCACAGACCAUCGAGGCAGGGUUGCGACGUCUACAUGUCAAUCUCGGCCACGCCCCGGUACCUACCAUGAUGAGACAUCUACGCCAUGCUAACGCGACCGAGGCUGCCCUGAAGAUGGCCGCGGAGUUCCGCUGCCCGGAGUGCGACGUCAAGGCAGACCCGAAGUCAGUUCGUCCCGCUGCACCGGACAUUGCGCAACCUCCUCUGAGGUCCAUCGGCAUGGACGUGAAGGAGCUCCCGGGUUGGAUGCCCGAUCAGAUCGUCAAGGCACUCAACAUCGUGUGUGAUACAUCGUCGCUGCAAUCCAUGACUCCGUUCGAUGAGGGCGAUGACGAGGUGGCAGCUGACCUGGCUGCGCCUGUACCGAGACCACUGGACCCGGCCCCACCUGCGCCCGAAGUGGAUCCGCCUCGACAGAACGGGAAGGUGGAGCGACAUGGGCCAUGGUUCGCCCAGAUGCUCCGCGCCGUGAUCGCCGAGGUCCAGCCCCAGGACCGCGGAGAGUGGCGCGAGUGCGUGGCGCAGGAGAGGGCAGCAUGGCGCCUAGUGGAGUCGUCGCUGCGGACUCACACCGUCGACCUUGACGACAUGAAGGAGAAGUUCUACUCGGACAUCACCGCUGACGCUCGGCCGCCGGAGGCCUCACCACCUGCCGGAGCCGAGCCGCCUGCUGCCGACUCCGCCGAGAUCCCGGCCCCAGAGGAUGAGCCGGGUGACUGGCCUAACGAGGAGACGGAGGGCGAUCAAGGCAAUGCUGGAUCCACUGGGGCCUCUGGCGACUCUGAGCCGGCUGAGGUUCGGAAGCGGCUGCGGUGCAAGACGUCUGUGGAGGAGGCGAAGCGCCCGCGCGUCGAGAGCGAGGUGCCGGUGCCUCCUGGGUGUGUGGACCCUGUCCCCCAGGCGGCGAGGGCGAGUGUCGCCCCGAAGCGCAGCCUGUCGGCUCGCCGGCCUGGGCGACCCAAGCAGCAGCGUGUGCAGUCAGUCCUGACAGUCACCGCUUCGCCCGACAGCGACGACGAUGACGAGAUCCUGGCGGUGGACACCGAGGAGGUCCUGCUUGCCAGAGGCAGGCGAGAGCUCGACAGGCGAGAGCCGCGCUGGUGCUCGAAGGACGGGCUGGCCAAGAUCGCGCAGGGCUACGCCAAGGAGUACAGCAAGCUGAUCGAGAAGACCCAGGCGUGGCGCCCCAUUCCGCUCGAGGAGUCGAGGAGAUUGCGGUCUACCCAGCCUGAUCGCAUUAUGAAGCCCCGACCCGUUUUGACGGAGAAAGAGGACGAGGAGGGCAACGUGGUGGUCAAGUGUAGGAUGACCAUCCAGGGGUUCAAGGACCCAGAUCUCCUGGAGUUGGUGAAGGCGGGCCGCACUCAGGCCCCGACGCUGUCCUCGAACGGGAGGGCGUUCGUCCUUCAGACUAUCGCCUCGGCCAAGUUCCCGCUGGCCAUCGGGGACGUGGAGGGGGCCUUCCUCGAGACGGACGCGUCGCUGGCCCCGGCAGAGCACGGCACGAUCUACGUUUCGUUGCCGUCGGAGUUCCUGCCGGACGGGAUGCACGGGGAUCAGCUCUGCGAGGUCAUCAACGGCUACGGCAGGAGCGACCAGCCUCAGCUGUGGUGGCUGACCUUCAGCAAGUUCCUGAUCGAGAAGCUGGGCUUCGUGCAGCAUCCCAUGGAUCCGUGCGUGCUGCUGCUGUUCGAGGACGUCGGCGAGUCCGUGGAGUUCGACCUCGACGAGUACCGCGUCAUCGACGGCCAAGGAGCAGAGCCUCUUCGAGUGGCUCGGCCUGGCGACCUGUGUGGGGUCAUCGGCCAACAUGUGGAUGACGGCGUGUUCGGAGGCCGGGGAUCUAAGUGGGCCGAGGCUUUGUCGCAGCUGAGGUGCCGCUUUCCCUAUCGCAAGUGGCACGAGAAGGAGGCAGAGUUUGUCGGGUCGCGGCUGCGGCAGCUCCCCGACUACACCAUCGUGCAGACGCAGCACCAGUACGCGUCUGAGGAGAUGGAGCGGGUGUCGUCGCCGAUGAGAGCAGUGUGUUGGCUCAAGCAUCGGCAGAGCGUGCCCUGCGGAAGCAGUUCGCGGCCCCACAGCCCGCGAAGAGCCUACGAGCAGAUGGUGAAGAUCGAGGCGAAGAACUCGGCGAAGGGCGUGAGGAGUUUCCUGGAGGGCCUGGCGGAGGCUGGCGAGGGCAGCAUCGAGGGCUCCAGCAACAAGGUCAAGGUGCAGAUCCGCGCGGGGGUCCUGGACGACCGCUUGUCGGGCAAGCAGAGCGUCUCGCGAAUCACGCUGGUGUACCACGCCAGCACGGGGUUUAUCACGUUGCACCCGCCGGCCGCGCUCGAGGAUGGCAUGCGCGACCGCCUGAAGGUACUGGAGAGCCUCUACCACAUGGCGCUGAAGAACGACCAGGCGCCGCCGGCCCCGCCAGGAGGAUCGAUUGUGGUGAACUCCUUCCGCCUCCCGGCCUGGGACGAGUUCUCGGCGGGCUACUCGGAGAGCCAGGACGGCCCUCCCAGCUCAGGAGCUGGCGGGACCCAGGCCAGCUGCCGCCCGUCUCGGACGCUACGUCUGCCCAGAGAAUCGGAGUUCCACAGCGGGAUUGGCGACGUAGGAGUGUCAGUGUGCGAGCACAUGGCCGACUUUCCCCUCUGGCGCGACAAGAUCCUUCGGUUCUUAGUCGGGGAGUGCGGUUUGCAGCCGGAGAUGUUGAACGAGGAUGAUCCGGAGUCGUAG